AUGUCGAGAAGAAUAUUUUGUCCGAGCUUGCACUUGCUGCCAAAGGGAAUCGUACUGAACUUUGUACUCGAUGCGGUAUGCGCCUCCGUGGGUACUCUAACACGUACGCAAGGCAUGAGUCCCCUCUCAAAUUGCAGUGCAAAGACAGAAGGCGACUGCGUCCACGUGUCUACGUUGUACAGACGGCAACCGUGGUGGCGCCAGCACCGGGCGUCAGCAACCAGCCUUGUCCAGCGGCGCAGAUCACGACCGAACGGAAGAGGCCAUUAA